CCUGCCCUGCCCCCUCAGGUGCCGCCAUGGAGUCUGACCUCUGCUGACCAGACCCGGGAGGAGCUGCACGGCCAAGGGAGGCGGCCCGCGGCCAGACAGCAUGGCCGCCUGCAGCGCAGAGAGCCAGCUGCAGAGAAUCAUCCGGGAUUUGCACGAUGCCGUGACAGAACUAAGCCAAGAAUUCAAGGAGACAGGGGAGCCGGUCACAGACGACUGCGCCAGCCUGCACAAGUUCUCCUAUAAACUCGAGUACCUCCUCCAAUUUGAUCAGAAAGACAAGGCCACACUCUUGGGCACCAAGAAGGAUUACUGGGAUUACUUCUGCGCAUGCCUGGCCAAGGUGAAGGGAGUCAGCGAUGGCAUCCGGUUCGUCAGGUCCAUAGCGGAGCUCCGGACUUCUCUGGGCAAAGGCAGAGCCUUCAUCCGCUACUCCCUGGUGCACCAGAGACUGGCAGACACCCUGCAGCAGUGCUUCAUGAACAGCAAAGUGACCAGUGACUGGUACUAUGAGAGAAGCCCCUUUCUGAAGCCCAGGAUGAGCUCUGACAUUGUGGGCCAACUCUACGAGCUGACCGACGUCCAGUUUGACCUGGCCUCACGGGGCUACGACUUGGAUGCUGCCUGGCCCACCUUUGCCAGGAGGACGCUGAGCCCUGGCUCUCCUACCUGCCUGUGGAAGCCCCCCAGCCGGAGCUCCAGCCUGAGCAGCUUGAUGAGCAGCUUCCUGCAGACCCAGGAGAUGGACUCCAGCUUAGACCUGAGCAGCCCUCUCACCAGCGAGGCACCGGAGGGUGCUGACGAGAUGCGAGCGGAGCUGGACCAGCUGGAGCUGCGAGAGAAGCAGCUGCAGGACCAGCUGCAGCAGCUGGAGAGAGAGAACCAGGAGCUGCGGGAAGCUGUGGGCUCCAGGGAAGAGCAGCUCCGGGCGGAGAAGGAGAGGGGCCGCGUGGCCGCCGAGGCCAGCGCCAGGCUGAUGGCCGGGCUCCAGAAGCAGAGGGAGCUCACCCAGGCCACGCGGGACGCCGUGGGGGAGCUGCAGACGUGCCUGCAGGCCUUGGAGCUGGGCGCCCCAGGGAAGGAGGGCGACUGCCAGUCAGCCCUGCGGCGGCUCGAGUCCCUGCUACAGCCCCUGGCCCAGGAGCUCGAGGCCACGCAGGACUCGCUGGGCAGGAAGAGCCAGCAUUCGUCUGCGGCCCCAGAUACGCCCAGGGCGGCCGCACAGAAGGCAGACGAGGGCGCAGAUCCACCCGGGGCAGCCACACAGAAAGCAGAUGAGGCCGCAGAUCCACCCGGGGUGGCCGCACCGAAGGCAGACAUGGCCCCGGACACAGAGGGGCAACAAGAGCAGGUUCCCAGCAGCUCGGCCCCGGGAACCCAGGAGCUGGGGGAGAAGCUCCAGAAUCUGGAAGGAGAAAGCACCAGAGGCCCAGAGCAAAACAGGCAGCAGAGCGCCCAGCUGGAGCCGCAGCUGCAGGAAGAGGCCCGGGCCCGCCUGGAGGCCCCGGUGCAGGAGAUGGCUCCAGUCCGGGAAGAGCCAGCCGGGAAAGGGCAGGAGGCUGCCCAGCUGCUGCUCCAGCUCCAGGAGUCGCGGGCCCGAGUGGGGGACCUGGAGGCAGAGCUGGAGGAGGCGAGGCGGGCGGGACAGCUGCAGCAGGAAGAGAAGGGGCUGCUGGAGCAGGAGGCCCGGUCCCUGGGCCGCCAGCUACGGCUCCUGGAGACGCAGCUGGCGCAGGUGAGCCAGCACGUGAGCGACCUGGAGGAGCAGAAGAAGCAGCUGACCCAGGACAGGGACCGCCUCAGCGAGCGGGUGGGGGCCCUGCAGCGGCUCGCGGCGCAGCCCAGCGAGGCCCUCGGCCCCCCCACCCCCACUCUGCAGGGGAGGCCGGAGGAGGCUCCAGGGAGCCACCAGGAGGAGCGGCUGCAGGAGGCCAAGCGGGAGCAGGAGCAGGAGCUGCAGGCCGUGCUGGAGCGCAACCAGCUCCUGGAAGGCAAGCUGCAGGCGCUGCAGGCCGAGUACCAGGCCCUGCAGCAGCGGGAGGCCACCAUCCAGGGCUCCCUGGCCGCCCUGCAGUCGGAGCAGGCCGGCAUCCGGCUCAUGGGCGAGCAGAUGGAGGUGAGCCUCCUGGCCGUGAGGAAGGCCAAGGAGACCAUGCGGGCCCAGGCGGCCGAGAGGGAGGCCGAGUGCCGGCAGCUGCGGGAGCGGGAGGAGCAGAGCCGGCAGCUCGCGGGAGCCCUGGAAGAGGAGGUCAGGGCUCUGCGGAGCCAGUGCUGCCAGCAGGCCCAGCAGAUCGAGGCCCUCGUGGCCGAAAAAGGGCCCCCGGAAGGUGGCUUGCCCGCAGAGCUCACCGCCCAGCUGGCCCGGUCGCAGGCACAGACGGAGGUCCACCAGGAGGAGGCUCGGCGACUGCAGGCCAAGGCGGCUGACCUCCAGACCAGGCUGCAGGCCGCCCUGAGCGAGCAGGAGAAGGCGCAGAGCCGGCUGAGCGUGGCGGAGGCCGCGCUGAGGGACCACAGGAUCCUCGUGCAGCAGCUGCAGGAGCAGAACGAAGCCCUCAACAGGGCCCACGUCCAGGAGCUGCUGCAGUGCUCAGGGUGCGAGAGGGCGCUGCGGGAGGAGGGGGACGAGGAGGCCCAGCAGCGGGAGGAGCAGCUCCGGGCCCUGCAGGAGCUGCUGUCGGAGGCGAAGUGCAGCUCCCAGGAAGCGCAGGCAGGGCAGGCCGAGCUGCAGGAGCAGCUGCACCGGGCCAACACGGACACGGCUGAGCUGGGCAUCCAGGUCUGCGCCCUGACGGCAGAGAAAAGGCGGGUGGAAGGGGUGCUGGCCUGCACCCUGCAGGAGCUCAGGGACACCCAGGAGGCAGCCUCCAGGGAGCGCGAGGCCCUGGAACUCCAGCUGGCAGGGCUGCGGAGCGAGCAGGAGAGCCUGCAAGAGAAGCUUGGGGUGGCCGAGGCGGCCGCCGGCUCCCUCCCCGGCCUGCAGGCCCAGCUGGCGCAGGCAGAGCAGGAGGCCCAGAGCCUCCAGGAGGCUGCACGCCACGAGCUCGACACACUCAGGUUCCAGCUCAGCACCGAGAUCAUGGACUACCAGAACAGACUCAAGACCACCAGCGAAGAGUCCAGGAGCCUCAGGGCCCAGCUCGAGGAGCAAGGCCAGCAGCUGCAGGCCGCCAAGGAGGCCGUGGGGAAGCUGGAGGCCACCCGGGCAGAGAUGGGGGAGGAGCUGAGCGGCGCCAACAGCCGCCUUGCCGAGUGCCAGGCCACCAUGCUGAGGAAGGAUGAGGAGGAAGCUGCCCUGCGCGCACACCUGGACAGGACGCAGAAGGAGCUGGAGAAAGCCAGCGCCCAGAUCCAGGAGUAUCAUGACAGACUCUGCCGGGAGGUGGCCCAGCGGGAGGAGAGUGACCAGAAGAUGCAGGCUGACGUGGACGACCUCAGCAGGACCAAGAGGCACCUGGAGGAGCGCCUGAUUGAGCUGCUCAGGGACAAGGAUGCCCUCUGGCAAAAGUCAGAUGCCCUGGAAUUCCAGCAGAAGCUCAGUGCCGAGGAGAAGGGGCUAGGGGACCCCGAGGCCAGCCAUUGCCUGGACUGCAAGCGGGAGUUCAGCUGGAUAGUGCGGCGGCACCACUGCAGGGUAUGCGGCCGCUUCUUCUGUUACUACUGCUGCAACAACUACGUCCCGACCAAGCCCAACGGCAAGAAGGAGCGCUGCUGCCGAGCCUGCUUCCAGAAGCUUGGGGGAGGCUGCGGCUCCCCGGACAGCUUCAGCUCAGGCACGAGCCAGGGAGAGCCCAGCCCGGUGCUGUCGCCAGCCCAAGCCAGGCCCCAGGCCACUGGAGGCCAAGGUGCAAACUCGGGCUGCAAGCCGCCAGAUGACGCUGUGUUUGACAUCAUCACAGAUGAGGAGCUGUGUCAGAUCCAGGAGUCCGGCUCCUCCCUGCCCGAAACACCCACGGAGACAGACCUUCUCGACCCCAGCAUGGCCGAACCGGACACCACGUCGAGCUCACUAAGCCCUGAAGACCCUGAAGACAUGCCGUUGGGGCAGGAUGCCGAGAUCUGCUUGUUGAAGUCCGGGGAGCUGAUGGUAAGGCUGCCCCUCUCGGUGGAAGACAUCAGCAGAUUCGGGGAGAGUGACAGGGAGCUGUUCGUGAAGUCCUGCACCUACAGCGUCAUCCCCAUCACCGUGGCUGAGGCGGGCCUCACCAUCACCUGGGUCUUCUCCUCCGAGCCCAAGAGCAUCUCCUUCAGUGUGGUCUUCCAGGAGGCCGAGGACACCCCGCUAGACCAGUGUAAGGUGCUCAUCCCCAUGACCCGGUGCAGUUCGCACAGGGAGAGCAUCCAGGGCCAGCUCAAGGUGCGCACUCCCGGCAUCUACAUGCUCAUCUUCGACAACACCUUCUCCAGAUUUGUCUCCAAGAAGGUGUUUUACCGCCUGACGGUUGACCGGCCUGUGAUCUAUGAUGGAAGUGACUUCCCGUAGCCUCAGCAACUGGGUUUGAGUCAUUUCACGUUAGCUGUUGGAAAUACUACCCUUUCUUACCUGUCACAUAAAGCAGUUCAAGAGAAGAGGAAAAAGAGGAGAGGAGA